AUGGAUGAUUACGCAAAAAUGGAUGAUUACGCAAUUGCGGCGUUUCAAGACCUAGUAAUGGAAGAGAAAUGGGAACAAGUAAUUGAAAAAUACAAUCAAGAUAGCAACUAUCACAACAUAAUAAUCAAGAGAAGAGGAACUGCGUUACACGCGGCAAUAAGCAGUGCGCACAAAUGUGUAGUGAAUAGUCUUGUAGAUGCAAUAAUAAAUCUUUAUAAUGUAAGAAGUUUGAGAAUAAUGAAUGAAAGAGGUGCUACUCCUCUUCACAUUGCAGCAUCUAUAGGAUUCACUGAUGUGUGUGAACUUAUAAUUGGAAAAGAAGGUGAAAGGAAAUAUUUGAUUCAAGAAAAAAAUGCAAAUGGAGAAACACCACUUUUUUGGGCUGUGCUUGCUCGUCAAAUAUUAGUGUUUGAUUACCUACAACAGUUUUAUCCUCUUGACCUCAAUAUUGCCAUCGAUAAGAAUAAUACUAGUAUCCUUCAUCUUGCCCUUAGGAAAGAAAUGUUUGAUUGGGCGAUUAUAAUAAUGUAUUGCUACAGAGGUCUUAUCUCUAUGAAAGACAAGGAUGGCAAUAUUCCUCUUGAAAUUCUUGCUACUAAGACAUCAGCCUUCAAGAGUGAAUGUCGUCUAUCGUGGUGGAAGGAAAUUUUAUACUAUUGUGUUCCUAUAAGCUUCUACAACGGAAAAGAUGAAGUGGAAUUGCAUUUAAAGAAUGUUAUAUUGAAAGAAAAAGCAAAGAAUGAGAAAGAUGAAUAUAGUGAAGUAGCAAUACAUUUACACCACAACGAGGGAUUUGAAAACACAGACAGAAUACGGCUUUCUAUUACUCAAUUAAUUCUUCACAUUCUAAAGUUAGUAUUCAUAUGGCCGAUCAUGUCACUAUUUGAUUUACAUGCAAUAAAGAAUAUUAAGAAGAAGCACAUAUAUGGUGGUUGGAUCUUGAACGAAUUUAUGAAAAAACCUAUGGAGUCAUACAUGGAUGGCGGGGAUGAUCCAACAGGUGACAUAGAAUAUGAUAGACAAAUGAAAGAUGAUUUUCGUGAGUUUAUCAAUCGCGCACGGGAAGGAGGCAAUUCCUCAAUGCAAGAGACAAAAGAAUACAAAGAAAUGGAAGAUUUAGAAAAUAUUGAUGUGAAAGAUAAAACAUUUUUUGCAGCAAAAAAAAUAUCGAGAGAAGAAAUUAUGGAAGAGCUUAAUUCUAAAGUACCAAUUACAUUUGAUAAGAAAGGUUUGAUACUUGUUGCAAUGAAGAAUAAUAAAACGGAAUCAUCAGAAGAGGAAAGUCCAGCAAAACAUACAGCGUAUUUGAUUGCAGUAAGUUUUGGAAUACUUGAGAUGAUGUCCAUUCUUACAUCAAAGAUAAGAAGCGUGAUCCACGACACUAACACUAAAAAUGAAAAUGCAAUGCUCUUGGCAGUAAAGAAUAGGAAACCACAUGUUAUUCGAUGGUUAAUGAAGAGAUUAACUAAAGAAGACAUUGAUAUCCUAUGUUUACAAGUUAAUAAUAACGGGGAUACCAUGUUACACUUGGCAGCAUAUACUUCAGUCGAGACAAAAAGUACUUGGAAGAUAUCUGGCGCUGUCAUGCAAAUGACGUGGGAGAUCAAGUGGUAUGAGUACAUUAAAAACCUAGUACCAGAGCAUUUCAAUAUUUUAGGCAAUAAAAAAGGAAAAAUUCCAAGUGAAAUCUUUGAGGAGCAACACACAGAAUUUCUAAAAGAAAAUGUUGAGUGGUUGAAAAACACAACAGAGUCAUACUCAGUUGUAGCAGCUCUCAUUGCUGGUGUCGCCUUUGCGACAUCAGGUAGUGUACCUGGUGGCAAUCAACCAACAGGAGAACCAGCAUUAAAAGGACAACAGGGAUUUGAAGUAUUUGCUAUAACUUCGUUAAUUGGACUUUACUUCUCCGUCACUGCGCUCAUCAUGUUCCUUUCUAUACUCACUUCUAGAAAAGAAGUCCAACAGUUUCGUCUAAACUUGCCAAUGAAGCUUCUUUUCGGCUUGAGUUCUCUCUUUGUAUCCAUUGUUGCCAUGUUUGUUUCUUUUUGUGCAGGACAUUUCUUUGUGCUCACAGAUAAAUAUACAAAGGGAGGUGUCUUGUUCUAUUUAUAUAUUUUCAUUUGCUUGCCUGUCAUAUUCUUUGCAGCUGUGCAGUUUCAUUUGAUCGUUGAUCUUUUUAAAAUUAUUUUGAUAAAGUCUCCACCAGAUACUGUUAAGGGGUUUCUUCACUAG